UCGACUUAUGGAAAUGACAGUAACAGGAGAAUAAGAUAAAACAAGAUAACAUCAUUUGAUAUUGAAGAUGGCAGCUAUCGCAAAACUUAAGGAUAUGGGCUGGUACUUGACUACCAGUGGAAUUGAAGAAUGUAGUGCAGAAAAUGAAAAUGCUCCUAUCAACAAAAUAACAGAAAUUGCCAAGGAUACUGAUUUGAAGGAUAUUGGAGAAAGAUGGCUCCCAGCUGAUGUCAACAGAGGAAAAUGUGAAUACGUUCAAGGACCAGGGGUUCUUCAAAUUCAGAAGAUUCGUAAUGUAACAGCUCCAAAAGACAAUGAAGAGUCAAACUAUGCUCCCCGCAUGUUGAAGCUGGUUUUGACUGAUGGUCAAGCAACAUGCAAUGCAUUAGAAAUGGAGAAACUAGAACGAAUCAGCUUAGACACUCCACCUGGUAGCAAGAUAUGUUUGAAAGGGAAAGUAGAGGUUGAACAUGGCUUCUUAAAGCUAUAUAAUCGGAAUGUAAACUUCAUUGGGGGAAGGGUAGACAGAAUUGCUGAUAACUGGGAACUGAAAAAGAAACUAUCAAAGCAGACUCGAGUUUAUGUGGGAUCUGAGGGAGGUCCACCCCCUUUUAUUCCAUUUGGACAAAAACCAAGAGAUAACAAAUCAACAACAGUAAAAAAGGAAACCCAGAACUUCAAAUCCCUGGAAGUUUCAACAAAAGAGAAGAAGUCAGAGGAUGAUGAAUUUGAACAGCAAAGAAAAGCUACAAUUGCUGAAGCUCUUCAGGCAAAAGAAGAAGGAAAAGCUAUGAACUUUGGAGGUCAAAAACAGAUGGGCCAGGACAAGGAUGUUGCUCGAAUUGUGGAAAUGGGAUUCACCACUCAACAAGCCAACCAAGCAUUAAAACAGAGCAAUGGAGAAUUAGGUCAGGCCAUUAAUGGAUUAUUAAGCAAUGACAGGAGGUCUGGUGGUGAGUUUGGAGGAAGAAAGGACAGAGGGGGAGAUGUGAAGCGAGACAUUCCCAGUAGAGAGGACAGGAGAGAAAGAGGUGGCAGAAAUAACAGAAGUCGAGAUGACGUAGAAAAUGAGGAGUCCAGACCAUCAGGGCCCACAACUCUAUUUGAUUUCCUAGAAACAAAAAUUAAACCUUCAAAGGAUGAAAAAGAUACAAAAGGAAAGUCAAGAGGGUCCCAGCCUUUACAAAGCUAUGAUUAUGCUGACAAUAGAUCUAGUGAUAAUAGGAGUUAUAAUAAUAGGAGAGAACCACAGACAAAAUAUCAGGAUCCUCCCCCCAGAUCAGGAAGAAAUGACAAUAGAGCUAACCAACGGAGACCAGAAUCUAGACAGAGUGAUAAAUCCAACUGGGAAAAUAAACCAAGUUAUAAUUCAGACAAGCCGUCCCGAAAUAAUGAUCGAGAGAAAUCGUAUAAUGAGAGUGGUAAAGGACAAGCAUUCAGUGUAGAGAGAUCUAACAAGUAUGAAAAUGACCACAGGAGAGACGGAGGGCAACAGAGAACAUCAGACAGAGGGGGCUUCAAUGAAAGAGGAAAUAGAAGUGAUAGGGGAGGUAACUCAGAACAGAGACCAUCAGAGAGAGGGGGCUACAACGAAAGAGGAAAUAGAGAGAAUAGAAGUGAUAGGGGAGGUAACUUGGAACAGAGACAAUCGGACAGAGGGGGCUUCAACAAAAAAGGAAAUAGAAGUGAUAAGGGAGGUAACUUAGAACAGAGACCAUCAGAUAGAGGGGGCUACAACGAAAGAGGAAACAGAGAGAAUAAAAGUGAUAGGGGAGGUAACUCAGAGAGAUACAGCGAUGGUAGACCUAAAACUGGGUAUGAAGACAAACGUCAAGGAAAGCCAAAGGACUACCAACAGAAUCGACCUAAAUCAGAGAUGUCUGGUCGUGAUUCAAGACAAGAUUCAUCUUAUCAGAAUAAACGAAACCAGCCUCCUCCCUCCAUAGAGAUGUAUGAUUCAAAUAUGCAGUAUAACAACCAGUAUACAAUGCCUCCAGCCUCAGUGCCACAGUAUGACCCUGGUGUCCCACCUCCCCCACUUCCUCAACAAUUUAACACAUCAGUGCCAAAUCAAGGGGUUUAUAACACAACAUGGAAGAGAGGAGAUAGAUGCAUGGCCAAGUACUGGGAAGACAACAAGUACUAUCCAGCAGUUGUGGAGAACUAUGAUCCCCGAUACCCUACCGUGGUUGUGAACUUUCCAGAUUAUGGUAAUUCUGAAGAAGUCCGACUUAGUGACGUCAGACCUGAUCCACAAUUCUUGGAGUCUGGAGGAAGCCUAGGACCCCCUGCACUACCUCAACAAUACGGAUCAUCCAGUAAUUCUCAAAUCCAAACCAUGGAGUUCCAUCGCAAGCGGCCGGAUCAAACCGACAGGCAGCAAAAGUUCUACCAACCACCUAAUCGCCAGCCGUUACACUGAAACUUAAGGACUUACCAUCAAAGUAUUCACAAAUAGGAUUGGAACAAACCUGUUCCUUAAGUUUUAAAAGACUUUUCAUAAUAAACCAGUGUAUUUCUGUGCAAUUUAUUGAAAAAUUUAAUUUUUACUUUUGAAUUAUAUUCUGGUAAAACCAGUUGUGUUAAUAAACUUAUUAGCAGUUUCAAUU